AGUGGAUAGUGUUCGCCGGAGCCUUCAAAUAUCUUCUUCCCUCUUCAGGAAGAGAAGGGGAGGAAGGAAGAAUCCCGACGACGGCGCGCCUCAUAUUCAUCCGACCCAACCAUUCAUGGCGGCAACCCUCCAAUUCUCGUUGAUACCUGUCCGUUUCGCUUCUCUGUGAAUCCCAGAUGGCUUCCCUCGGGACCACCCUCCUCCCUCUCUCGCUCUCGCGCUCGCGCUCCGACCCCUCGCCGUCGUUCUGCUUCGGAUUCAGUUUUUCCCUUGCUCUCCGUAAGGCUGUCGAGCGAGAAUGCUGCGCGCGGUGCCGGAGGAGGCCCCUCUCAUCAAGGGUUAGGGCCGUAGUUACACAAGGAAUUCCGGUUGCUCGCACGGUGAAAGCCAAUGGGCGGGAGAGGAUAAGCGACGAGCAUGAUGACAUUUCAAUUCUACACGAGAAGAUCCGCCGGGAAAGCUCGGGCAAACGUGAGGGCCCCCAGACGACGAUGGCCUCUGCGGAGGCCGAUAAGUACAUUCAGAUGGUGAAGAUGCAGCAGCAGCGGGGGUUGCGCAAGUUGAAAGGGGAGAAGGAGGGGGCUGGUGAAGGUUUCAGCUACAAGGUCGAUCCUUACACUCUCAGGCCGGGCGACUAUGUUGUUCACAAGAAGGUUGGAAUCGGGCGGUUCGUUGGAACACGGUUCGACGUUAGGAAAGGCUCCACGGAGCCGGUCGAGUGCGUCUUCAUCGAGUAUGCGGACGGAAUGGCGAAACUUCCUGUCAAACAAGCUGCUCGGAUGCUCUACCGAUAUAGCCUCCCCAAUGAGACAAAAAAACCACGGGCGUUGAGCAAAUUAAGUGACCCUAGUGCCUGGGAAAAGAGAAGGAUAAAGGGAAAGUUCGCUGUCCAGAAAAUGAUUGUUGAUUUGAUGGAGCUGUAUCUGCACAGGCUCAAGCAAAAAAGACCACCAUAUCCUAAAACUCCUGCACUGGAUGAAUUUGCUGCUCAGUUUCCAUAUAAACCUACUCCAGAUCAAGAACAGGCCUUUCUUGAUGUUUACAAAGACUUGACAGAGAGAGAGACUCCAAUGGACAGAUUGAUUUGUGGGGAUGUUGGAUUUGGUAAAACUGAAGUUGCUCUUAGGGCUAUAUUCUGCAUCAUUGCAGCAGGAAAGCAGGCCAUGGUUCUAGCACCAACAAUUGUACUCGCUAAGCAACACUAUGAAGUUAUUUCUGAACGCUUUGCUCGGUAUCCUGAUAUUAAGGUCGGACUUCUAAGCAGGUUCCAGACAAAAGCCGAAAAAGAGGAGUAUCUUGCAAUGAUUAGACAAGGCCUGCUGGACAUCGUUGUUGGAACACAUGCCCUUCUUGGAACUCGUGUGGUUUAUAACAAUCUUGGCCUUCUUGUUGUUGAUGAGGAACAGAGAUUUGGUGUGAAGCAAAAGGAGAGAAUAGCUUCAUUCAAGACAUCAGUAGAUGUUCUUACUCUUUCUGCAACACCUAUACCACGGACACUUUACUUGGCAUUGACAGGGUUUCGUGAUGCAAGUUUAAUUGCGACUCCUCCUCCGGAAAGAGUUCCAAUAAAAACUCAUCUUUCACCAUUUAGUGAGGAAAAGGUUCUUUCAGCAAUCAACUUUGAGCUUGCUCGUGGUGGUCAAGUUUUCUAUGUUUUGCCACGAAUUAAGGGACUUGAGGAUGUGGUAGAUUUUCUUGAGCAAUCAUUUCCAGAUGUUCCAAUAGCAAUUGCCCAUGGCAAACAAUACUCUAAGCUACUAGAAGAUACAAUGGAAAAGUUUGCACUCGGGGAGACAAAAAUUCUUGUUUGCACAAAUAUAGUUGAAAGCGGUCUUGACAUCCAAAAUGCCAAUACAAUUAUUGUUCAAGACGUUCACAAGUUUGGACUUGCACAACUAUAUCAGCUUCGUGGAAGAGUUGGAAGAGCAGACAAAGAAGCACAUGCAUAUUUAUUUUAUCCUGAUAAAGCAACACUAUCGGAUCAAGCAUUGGAGAGACUUGCAGCUCUUGAAGAAUGCCGUGAUCUUGGUCAAGGUUUUAAUCUUGCAGAGAGAGACAUGGCAAUCAGAGGGUUUGGAAAUAUUUUUGGUGAACAACAGACUGGCGAUGUUGGAAAUGUUGGCAUAGAUCUCUUCUUUGAGAUGCUGUUUGAGAGCUUGUCCAAGGUUGAUGAACAUCGAUUAGUUCCAGUUAAUUACAAAAACGUCCAGCUUGAUAUAGACAUAAGGCCCCAGCUUUCAUCAGAAUAUAUUAAUCGUCUAGAGAAUCCUGUCGAGUUAAUAAAUGAAGCUGAGAAAGCUGCUGGAAAAGAUAUUUGGAGUCUGAUGCAAUUUACUGAACAGUUGCGCCGUCAAUAUGGGAAAGAACCUCGUUCAAUGGAGAUACUUUUGAAGAAGCUUUAUGUAAGAAGGAUGGCUGCAGACCUUGGUAUCAGUAAGAUAUAUACCUUUGGAAAGGUGGUUGGUAUGAGAACAAGCAUGAGUAAAAGGGUUUUCAGGCUUAUAGUAGAGUCUAUGCCUACAGAUAUUUUCCGGAAUUCUCUGGUAUUUGAAGAUAACCAAAUAAAGGCAGAAUUGCUUCUUGAGCUACCAAGUGAACAACUUCUGAAUUGGAUCUUUCAAUGCUUGGCUGAGUUCUAUGAUGCCAUGCCGGCUCUCAUUAAAUGUUAAUUGCUUUUGGUGGGACAGUGUCCACAACUUCUUUUGCUCUGCUGAUUAGUCUAUCUGUCCAAGAUAAAUAUCUUCUUUUAAAACAAAAGGUCCAAGUUGGAAGGCUAGCAAGCUUUCAUUUUGGAGUUCGGGCAUACCAUGGGGAGCUACUUCUAUUUGCUCUAUAGUCUGAUGAUGGAAGUCGCAUCUCAAGGAUCCAGUAACAUUCUGCUUCAGGGUUGCAAAAUCUGUGUAAAUCAUCUCUGGAAGCAGUUUCAAUAUCUAUUCAUAUACACUGUAUUGAUUCUGUACAAAAAUACUGAUGCAAAGUUCUCGGCUGCUAGAUCUUCAGAACCACCUUUCGGAAAAGUGGAAGGUCAGGCUUGAUAAUCUGACAAGGUUUAAAAUCAGCAUGGUGGCUGCUACCCAUAUGUCAUACUCAAAACUGCGAUCCAUGAAUAAGCACUUCAAGCUCUUACUUCGGUUCUUUGGAUGGCAUUCAAUUACUUGAUUAUAUGAAUAUGACAAUAGUCAAAGGUUUGCAGGUCCGGCACUAAGUUUUGGAAGAUAGCAUAGGUGAUGCUUGUGAACCAACCAAUUUGAUGAAAGAUUGUGGGCCCAAAGAAUAGUCUGCUAAUUGCAGAUUCACUUAUUGUAACAAAAAAAUUUUGGUAUGUCCAUGUACAUUUUUGACGCUGCUCCAUUAGUUCUAGAUAGUAAAGUUCCAAAGUA